AUGGGCCGCCUCGCCGCCUCCCUCGAGGUGCUCAAGGGCGAGCUGCGCCGCGCCAAGUACGACGAGGGCCCGCUCGACGCGGACGCCCUCUUGAGCGGCGACCCUUCCGCGUACCUGCGGCUGCUGCACUUUGCGCUGCUGCGCUGCUCCACGGAUGUCGCCCGCUGGUUGGCAGAGCUCGGCUACGAGCUCUACGCCAAGUCCGACGCGCGGUUCGUCGAGUGCGUGUGGCGGCUGAUGAGACAGGAGCUCGGCUACCGCCACGCCCUCUCCACCAAGCAGUUCCUCUCCGCCGGCUUUGCCGAGCGCAAGUUGCAGCUGACCAUCGAGAGCCUCCGCCUCGUGAGCGCAAAGCACGCCGACCUCGGGCGGUCGGCGCGCCGCCCGGUCGGCGUGGACUACAAGGCGCUGGCGGAGCUGGCUCAGCCGCGCACGCCAAACGCGGCAACAGCCGACGCGAGGCAGCCGCCUCUGACGGCAAUGCGAGAGCCGCAGCCGCCUGUCCACCCUCAGUCGCAGUACUGCAUCUUUGCCGCCACCGCGGGCUCGCCGGCGGCCGAGUGGGGCGCUGAGCCCGCCGAACCAGCUCAGUCCGCCGGCCAGUCCGUUUGCGGCGGCGCUUCUCUGCUCGCUCCUCCAGCGGCGCCGCCUCUCGGCGGUGAAAUCGCGCAACCGAGGUUCGACAGCCUCUCAGUAUACGGUGCGGCGUCGGGCGGCGGCGCGGCACCAGAGCCUCUUGCCUCGCCCUACCUCGCCCUGCCCCCCUCCCCGUCCACGUUGGCGCCCGCGACGACCGCGCAAGUCGAGGCGGCGCCGCUCGAGGAGCUGUUUCUCUCUGACGCGCGCCCGCCAGAGGCGUCGCAUGCGGAGCCCGCGGAAAAGGGACGCCUCGGCGUGGCGCGUGACGCGUGGCUCGCGGAGCCCGCUCAGCCAACUGCGUUGGCGGCGCUGCCGCACCCCGCUGGCGAGUCGCACACAUUUCCCGCCGCAGAGCUGCAGGCUGCGAGCCGCGACGAGCCGAGCUGCCACCAGCUCGCACAGCUCGAGCGGAUAGUCGGCGGCGCGUGCCGCGCCGUCGAGUCGCUGGCCGCCACUUCGCCGCGCUCUUGCAAACCGCUGGCGGUGCGCGUUUGCAGCCCCGCUGUCAAACUCGAGACGCGGCCAACGGAGGCGUUCAUCUCCGAGUUUGAGCGCCGGCUCGAUCACACGCGAGCGCUGCUCGCCCACCUGGAUGAGGCUGAGGACGGAGCAGCUGGCACCUGA